ACUACGUCGGCAUCUGGUACAAUAAGAUCCCUUUGCUCACCCCCGUGUGGGUGGCCAACAGAGCCUCCCCUGUCCCAGACCCAGCCAUGUCGGAGCUUAGAAUCUCCGGCGAUGGCAACCUCGUCCUCCUCGUCAAUCACUCCAAUACCGGUGUCAUAUGGUCUACUGACGUUUCCACGUCCAACUCCACGGUCGUCGCUGUCAUCCUUGACACGGGAAAUCUCCAGCUCAGGGAUGAGUCCAACGCCUCCCUCGUCUUCUGGCAGAGCUUCGACCACCCCACCGACACUUGGCUUCCCGGCGGCAAGCUGGGGUUCAACAAGCUCACCAGGAGAGCCCAAGGCCUCACCUCCUGGAAGAGCAAAGUCGACCCUUCUCCCGGAAUCUUCACCCUUGAGAUUGAUCCGACUGGUGAGACCUCUGAGAAUUUUAUAUUCUGGAAUUCGUCGAAGAUGUAUUGGAGGAGUGGAAUUUGGGACGGACACAUCUUCAAUUUGGUCCUGGAGAUGACAGUUCACUAUAUUUACGACAUCAAGUUCGUCAACGAUACUGAGGAGAUGUAUUUCAACUACACUAUCAAAACUUCCAAUAUCACGUCCAGGUUUGUGCUUGAUUCUGAAUCUGGCCAGAUGCAGCGAUCGACUUGGAUGGAGAAUUCCAAGUCAUGGAUGCCCUUCUGGUCUGAACGACUGAACCAAAAACAAAGUGCUCAGUUUAUGGGGUAUGUGGACCUUUUGGGAGCUGCAAUGACUUCACUUCACCCUUCUGUAACUGUGCUAAGGGUUUCAGGAUCAAGUCUCAGACAGAUUGGGAUUUGGGUGAUAGAAGUCAGGGCUAUGAGAGGAUGACUGGUUUACAAUGCAGUGGUCUAAACAACAACCCGGCCAGUUCAGAGAAAGAUGGCUUCUUUGAGAUAACAAACGUUAGGCUACCUGAUAGCCCCAACACUUUGGGCACAGCUGCAAGUAGGGAAGGCUGCGAGUUGGCUUGCUUGAGUAAUUGCACUUGCAGUGCUUAUUCUUACAAUGGUAGUGGCUGCUUUGUUUGGCAUGGAGGGUUGCUGAAUCUGCAAGAACAAUAUAACGAAGCUGAUUCAGGUAGUCUUUACCUACGCUUGUCUGCCUCGGAGUUGCAAAAUUCUGAAAGAAACAAGAAGAAAGUGGCAGGUUGGGUUAUCAUCGGUGCCAUUGUUCUGGCCAUCUUAUUUUCUAGCGUUCCUGCCACUUUGAUUGUGGUAAAGAAGCGAGAAAGUAGGCGGAUGAUUGAGAAAGCAAAGGCUAUGCAGAGUGGUCUCGUCUCGUUCUCAUACAGUGAGCUGCAGCAAGCCACACGAAAGUUCUCAAAGAAGCUCGGGGGAGGGGGCUUUGGAUCAGUGUUUAAAGGAUCGUUGCCUGGCUCAAUUGAUAUUGCUGUGAAGAAGCUUGAGGGCCUUUACCAAGGCGAGAAGCAGUUCCGAGCGGAGGUGAGCACACUAGGAGCCAUUCAACAUGUAAACCUCAUUAGGCUAAUCGGCUUUUGCUCUCAAGGGACCAAGAAGUUGUUGGUCUAUGAGUUCAUGCCAAGCGGUUCGUUAGCUGAUCAGCUUUUUCGUAGCAACUCGAAUGUCUUGGACUGGAAAACAAGAUAUCAAAUUGCCAUCGGAACUGCUAGAGGAUUAGCCUAUCUCCACGAGCAAUGCAGGGACAACAUCAUACAUUGUGACAUAAAGCCAGAGAACAUACUGUUGGACGAUGCACUUGUGCCAAAAGUAGCUGAUUUUGGUUUAGCAAAGCUCGUCAGUAGGAACUUUAGCAGAGUUCUCACAACCAUUCGAGGAAGUAGAGGGUACAUUGCCCCCGAAUGGAUUUUAGGUAUGUCCAUCACUACAAAAGUAGAUGUUUACAGCUACGGAAUGAUGUUAUUCGAGAUCAUAUCAGGAAAAAGAAACCUAAUGCAUACAGGAGAAAGUAGUUUUGAGUUCUUCCCCUUAGUCGCAACAAACAAACUCAUAAUUGGAGAUAUCAAAAGCUUGCUAGACCAAAGGCUAGAGGGUAAAGCCAACUCAGAAGAGUAUGAAAAAGCUUGUAAAAUUGCUUGCUGGUGCAUUCAAGAUGACGAGAACUCAAGGCCAACGAUGACUCAAAUUGUUCAAGCUCUAGAGGGCAAUUUAGAUGUAAGCAUUCCUCCUGUUCCAAGGUCACUUCAAGUCCUAAACGAGUCGAGCAUCAAUUCCUCUAGUUCACAUCAGAGCUAAGGAUUACGGUGCCACUUCAACUAGUUCUCGGAUAAGGAGGGCAACAAUUUAAAUCCUGUUUAAGUUCCAAUAAAACCAGGAGAAAGAGUUGUAGUGACUUCAUAAAUUUUAAUUAUUAUUAUUAUUAUUAUUAUUAUUUAUUACAUAAUUUAUUGUAUUUGAACUUUAAAUCUGGAUGUGGCGGUUGUUUGCCAGUGAA